GACGUAACAGCUAACUUGCGUGAGAUUAAACGUAUCACAUGACAUUUGCAAAAAAAUAAAAUUUUUCUGUAGGUAUUCGCGACAUCGUUUCCAGAUGACGAUUGCUGAGAGAAGUAUUGGAGGGGAGCACCCAGUACUGUCACAACGCAGGCUCUUGGACUGCACAAAUGCUGCUGAUACAGGGUCAGAUGAAACUGGAUCAGAAAGGAAUCUCAUUCAGGGCUCAAAUGAAGCCUUGCAUCACCAAGGUAGAAGGCUAUUGUCCAGACCAACUGUUGAACCGGCAGUAUUUCUUUUCCUAGCAGCAUCAGCAGUAUCAAGCACAGUUACACAGACAUUAUUCUUGCAACGUGUAUGUGAAGAAGAUUUGGGUUACAAUGCAACUGUGUGCUCUCACCUCGAUUCCACCAAUAAUACUUCAGAACAACCUCAUACUGCUAGCCUGCUCAUGAGCAAGACUUUACUGGAAACUUUGUUGCCAGCUACACUAACCCUUUUCUUGGGCCCCUGGAGUGACCGACAUGGCCGAAAACCUCUGCUUCUCUUCCCCUUGAUAGGUCAUGCAACAACAUAUGCAGCAUAUGCUGGACUCUCUACUAUAGACCAUUUGCCACCACGCUAUUUACUUCCUGCUUCCAUACCGAUUGCUCUAACUGGUGGCUUUAUUGCAUUGAUCUUAUCUUCGUACAGCUACAUUGCUGAUGUAAGUCAUGCUGAUAAAAGAGGAUUGAGGCUCAGUUUAGUGGAAGUAUCUGUGAGUCUGAGUGCAAUCACUGGCAAUGCAGUAUGUGCACCAUUGUAUAAAGCCUAUGGAUUUGUUGGCAUAUUUACAACUGCAGCUGGUCUGUGUUUGGUGGGCUUCUUUUACGUACUGUUCCUGCUACCAGAAUCAAUCACUCCACCACAUUCUCAGUCAGAGAAUACAAAUGUGAAAUGUGUAUUUCUUCAAGAGACAGUAGUGGAAGUUUUUAAGGUGAGCUUCAAAUGGCGACCAAACUAUGGGCGUGCCAUUGUACUAUUGGCAGCUACAGCACUGUCAUUCUAUGUUGUAACACUAAUAGGAGAAGGUGGCAUUAUGUACCUAUACACAAUCAAGAAGUUUGGGUGGACUGUUGAAGAUUAUACGAGGCUAUCCAUAGCUGCUCUUUCCAUGUCAGCAAUUUGUACAUUUGGAACUAUUUACAUUUUUGUAAAUGUUCUUCACUUUUCUGAAACACUUGUUGCUGCAUUUGGUUUCGUUUGCAAGAUCAUAUCUGCAUUGCUGGCAGCUUUUUCACCGUAUUCAUGGUACCUGUACCUAGCUGCCCUGGCUAAUGCUUUUGGAGGAAUCUGUACAUCACUUAUAAGGUCAACAAUGUCUAAGACUGUUCCACCCAGUGAAGUAGGUAGUGUAUUCUCCCUGACUGCAGCACUGGAGUCUGUUAUGCCAUUGGUAGCAUCGCCUCUCUACACAGCUGUGUACAAUGCCACCAUUGCAAGUUUUGCUGGAGCAUUCUACCUGAUGUCUGCAGUUUUCUACACUGUUAAUGUUGGACUCUCAUUGGCACUGGCAUUUUUACAACGCAAGUGCUCACGAUCCGGCUAUUAUGAAGAGUUGCCAAGCAAUGAUAGCUGUCCUGGAUCUGUAGAUGCUUAAAGUAUCAAUAUUUUCCCUUAUUCAUAUCUACUUAUUGAAUUAAGCCAUGAAAAGUUGUCAGUUACUUCAUCUUGUGGUAAUAUAAUUCUUUGGACCACAAAAAACUCUGAACAGGAAAUUGUGUGGCAAUCUAAUUGUAACAGUAAAGGAAGUAAAAUUUAAUAUUUUGUGAUGCAGUAAGUCUGUGUGUGUGUGUGUGUGUGUGUGUGUGUGUGUGUGUGUGUGGUGUUUGUGUGUUUGUUUGUUUGUGUGUUUGUGUGUAAGGGGCCGGGGGGUCACAUACAAAUGUUUGUGUGUUGGCUUGUUUUUGUAUGUUGAAAUUGAUGUGAAAUUGUACAGCAUGAAAGACAAAUCUUGACUGUAACAGUGCAUUUCCAGUUUGAUGGAUGGUGAGAAAAUACAAAGAAAGAUGGUGAAAUGCUAAUGUAUUCAAACCAUGUUUAAAAGCGCAAAUACAUAUUUUAAUUUGAAGAAAUGCACAUGGUACAGUGGAUCCUAACCUGUCUGUGACUAUUACCUCUGAAUGACAUGUAGUACCAGACAGUACCUUAACAAAAGUCUGCCAUCCAUCUAAACUUUAACUCGAAAAGGGACAUUAAAACUUUAUUUUUAUAGUAACAACAGAAAAAGAAUAUUUAUUUAAUUUUGAAAUACAUAUUUUUGGUGACGUCACUCAGUGCACAUUGUCAGUCCUUCCUUGCUUUUAUUUUCAUUGCUACCAAGACAAAAAUUACUUUCACACUUACAAGUUUGGCUUUUGCUGAUAAUAAAUGAUACUCGAGGCCAGCCAUCUGAAAAGAAUCUUGCC